AUGAUGAAUCCGUUACGUCGUAUUUUCUAUUUAUCUGUAGUCAAUACUAUAGCAUUCAUAAUUGGUUCUCAAACUGCUCAUGUUUGGCUAAAUCCCAUGAAAGAUUAUAAAGAUUUUAUAACUAAAGCAGAAGCUGAAUAUCAAGCUCAUCAACAAGAAUUGUGUGAUGUAGAAGAUUAUUUAGAGAAAAAACGUCAACAACGUUUAAAACAAAUUAGUUAA